AUGAAAAGAGCCUCCCUCGAACAAGAACUAAUUCAGCAACACAGUUGCACUUGGAGUGUGGCGCACAGUGCCUUGAUGCAAGCCAAGGUUGAGCUCGGAUAUGAUUACACCAUCAAGAUGAAAUCGUUGCGACCAGACGUCCGACAAUCGAUUGUCCAAGCUGCCAGCGAAUUCAUUGUCGUCGGAACCACCAACAAGAGCCAGCAAGAUCAUGCAGAAAGUAAUAGUCGGUUCACAGACGAGUCGUCUCAAGUUCCCUUGGGUGUGAGUCGUACAUUAUUAGCACCCAAUACUCCUACGAGUAAGCGACCUGUGGGUUUGAAGUUCCAUUCGCUAUUGGACCCAACAACAACAACAACAGCACCUAUUAUAUCUGGUAGGAAGGUUGCUAUGACACCACGGAUCCAACCAUGUAUAAGGCGAAGGUUUAGUUAG